AUGGGGAGGCCGCCGUGCUGCGACAAGGUGGGAGUGAAGAAAGGGCCAUGGACCCCCGAGGAGGACCUCAUGCUCGUCUCCUAUGUCCAGGAGCACGGCCCCGGCAACUGGCGCGCCGUGCCGACCAACACCGGGCUGAUGCGGUGCAGCAAGAGCUGCCGGUUGCGGUGGACAAACUACCUCCGGCCGGGAAUCAAGCGCGGCAACUUUACCGAGCAGGAGGAGAAGCUCAUCAUCCACCUCCAGGCUCUCCUUGGCAACAGGUGGGCGGCGAUAGCAUCCUACUUGCCGGAGAGGACGGACAACGACAUCAAGAACUACUGGAACACGCAUCUCAAGAAGAAGCUGAAGAAGAUGCAGGCUGGCGAAGGGGAAGGGGGAGAGGACGGCGGCGCGGGUGCCUCGGAGGGCGGCGGCGCCGGCACCGCAGGCGGGGGAGGGAAUAAUCGUCCGGCCGUACCCAAGGGGCAGUGGGAGCGGCGGCUGCAGACCGACAUCCACACGGCGCGGCAGGCUCUGCGCGACGCGCUCUCGCUGGAGCCUUCGGCGCCGCUGGCGCCGGCGAAGGUGGAGCCUCUGCCGACGACUCCUCCCGGGUGCACGACGUACGCGUCUAGCGCCGAGAACAUCGCGCGGCUGCUGGAGGGGUGGCUGCGCCCCGGCGGCGGCGGCGGGGGCAAGGGGCCGGAGGCGUCGGGUUCGACGUCGACGACGGCCACGACGCAGCAGCGGCCGCAGUGCUCCGGUGAGGGCGCGGCGUCCGCGUCGGCGAGCCACAGUGGCGGGGCGGCCGCGAACACGGCGGCGCAGACCCCCGAGUGCUCGACGGAGACCAGCAAGAUGGCCGGCGGCUCGGCCGGCGCGGGCUCCGCCUCCGCGCCGCCGGUGUUCUCGAUGCUGGAGAGCUGGCUGCUCGACGACGGCAUGGGGCACGGCGAGGUGGGGCUCGUGGCAGACGUGGUGCCAUUAGGGGACCCCAGUGAGUUCUUUUAA